AUGAAUCCCACGGAGCUCGAUCGCACCUUUGUGAAUCUAACCGAUGACCCCGCGCAGGGCCGGGGCGCAAGGCGCACCUAUAUCCGGCGCGCGGUGAUGAAGAACUAUCACAAGCGGCGGAACCAGAAGAGAAAGGCAUCGCGGUAUGAAGCUGAGGUAGCGGCAGGCAUUCCCGAGAACGCAGCAGAAGCGUCCAUGAUGCCGAAGUACUUGGUUAACUUGCGACUGAGUCCGCAGAUGUGUGCACUGGUACCCAAGUUCAGCCUCUUUGAACAGAGAAAAUUCCCAGAGCCGUCAUUGAUGCAGAUAAGCAAUUCCAUACUGCGGUAUAUGUGUGGCCAAGCAUCAAAGGUGGCUCACAAUCUGUCCCUCGUGGCGUUUAUUCAUCCUUCUUCUGAGCAGGAGCUUGAGAAUGGCUCGGCGUCUGCUAGCUCAAAGUUGAGUCCUCUCAAAACUUGCCAGAACUUGUUGCGGGCGUACGGCUCGUGUAAGAGUGAGAAACUCGGCUUGUCAGUCGAUCAAGAGCUGUUGUGGGAAAUGAUCCAUCAGCAUCAGGAAUGGAUUUAUGCAAAGGCAAGAAGAGGCUUUUCUUCCUGUGACCUUGAAAUGCUAUCUUGGGAACUGGUUGGCAUCGUGACUGACUUUGACCAGGUCAGCACUCUAGGUACUUGGGAGCUGCUGUCCGCGGCACAAGCUGUCGCAGUUCGAGCCUUUCCGAAUGGAGAUAUUGCGCUUCUUUAUACUCUUGGGGCCAUCUUUAGGCGUCUUCAGGUGGAGGGCACAUUAGACGUAUCUCAGCAUCCGCAAGGAGACUGGAAGCAGUGGGUGUUUUGCGAGUCAUUCGUCCGCGUUGCCGCCGUCUACUUCACGCUAAACGCCGUGAUAUCCAUGGAGAUUGGGCUGCCGUGUAACAGCCCGCUAGACUGGGACACCGAGGGCAUGCUGCUUCCAGCUUCGAAAGCUUCAUGGUCUGCUCAGAGCGUUGACGAUUGGAAGAGACGCACAAGUACCUUGUCGUCGUAUAAGCAGCUGAAGUGGAAAGACUUGCUCGCUUCGACAUCUUUGGAGGACUGCCCAGUCGAAGAGUGGAGGGAAAGCUCGGAUGAGAUGGGCUUGUUGGUCACGAUGGCGAUGACGUUGAGAGCUCAGCUGCUGCGGGAGGCUGUUCAAGCCGGAAGUAUUCCUUCCAAGAAAUUAUCUGCGAGUUGCUCCAGAUGA